AUGCCCGUUGUGAAUGAAAAUCUCACGGGAAUAGCCAUUCCAUCCAUUGGUACCAACAACUUUGAAUUGAAACCUGCACUAAUCAACAUGGUGCAGCGAAAUCAGUUUGGGGGUUUAGCUACUGAAGAUCCUAACAUUCACUUGGCCAUAUUUCUGGAGGUAUGUGCCACAGUGAAGAUGAAUGGCGUUACUGAUGAUGCCAUCAGAUUGCGAUUGAAUGCUCCAACACGAACAAUAGUUGAUGCUGCUGCAGGGGGUGCUCUAUUAGCCAAGACAGCUGAUGAAGCCUUCACUUUGAUGGAGGAAAUGACUACCAAAAGUUAUCAGUGCCCCAAUGAGAGGUCAGACCCAAGGAAAGUUGCUGGGUUAUAUGAAGUUAACCAGAUGACAGCCAUGCAUGCCCAAAUUGCUGCUUUACAAACACAAAUGGCUGCUCUGUAA